GGAGUCCGAGCUCCCGCUCCCGCUGACGGCUAAGCUAAGCUAGUACAAAACGCCCCCAGCCAUCCCGUUUCUGCUCCCGUUAUUCCCGCUCCCGUUAAUGUUGUCCUUCAUCCCGGCGCAGCGUUUUAUUUUCCAGCACACACAGGAUUUUAUAACGACCAAUUUAUUCGGUAAUAUCGAUCGGCGAUCAGGUUGAAUUGAUCCACCAACUGGCCCCCAGUCCGAGCUAAGCUAACAGUUAGCCUCACAGCCAAAAUGGCGGACAACGAGGAUGACAGCGGUUCGACCAGAACAAUAACAGCCGCGGAGCCUCCGGGGGACCCGGUCCAGCCCCCCGCCGCCCAGUGCACCCGUCCGGGGACAUGUUACCGGCAGCGGCCGCUGAGCAGAGCAGUCAGCCCGGGGCGGGUUCACAGACAGGGUCCGGUGCCGACACCACGCAGCCCGGGGAGAGUGUACCGGCAGUGUCUGGAGCUCAGCUGGCGGACUUCUUACAGAGCUGCCCCCAGGAACAGAGCAUCCUGGUGGGCUCAGAGUUCUCCGGACUGGGCCCGGACCUGGUCAACACCACCAUCAUCUACGUGCAGCCGGACGGGAGCCUGGUGGAGGGAUCCGGACUGACGGCCGAGGAGCAGCAGGCUCUGCUGGAUCAACUCACCAAGCAGCAGAUCGUCCAGGUCUCCGACACCGAGGCCGCCCAGCUGCUCCAGCAAAGCCAGAUGGUCAAAACCGUCCCGGUCCACAACACGGCCCUGGACCCGAGUCAGCUGCAGCAGGUCAUCAACCAGGUUGCCAAGUCGCAGCAGCAGGUCCGCGUCCAGGUCCCCCAACAAGGUCUGAAGCAGCAGGUCCAAGUCCAGCAGGGUCUGAAGCAGCAGAAGCAGGUUCAGGUCCCUCAGCAGAACUUAAAGACCACCACCCAGAAUAACGCGUCUCAGCAGCUGAAGAGCGUCGCCCAGCAGGUCGCCAUGCAGACCUGCAGCCCAGUCCAGGUGGUCCAGAAGAAGUCAGAACCCAUCAGGAUCCAGAUCCAGGUUCCCCCCAAGCCAGAAGUGAAGCCCAGCACCGCCCCCCAGCAGAAGAGCGUAGCUGUCAAUCAUCCGCAGGUGAAGCUGUCGGCCAAUGGCAGCGUGAGCAGCGCUCAGAUCAUCCACAUCCAGCCUGCGGUGGGUCAGCAGGGUCAGCAGUUCUUCCUGCAGCAGGGCCCGGGGGAGACCCCCAUCCAGCUGCUGCUGCAGAGCCCCGUCCCCGUCGUUGGAUCUCUGCUCCCGUUGGUCCACAAGCUCACGGGCCAGACGACAUCAGCAGGCAACGGCGCCAGUCCGGCUCAGAAAACUGCCAUGUCCCCCAUCAGAGUCCAGGCCCCCCCCAUCGUCAAGACCCCGCCCACCUCUGUUGCUAAAACUGCUAGCGUCCCGCUAAUAAAGGCCCCUACUAACGGCACGACAGCAGCCCCCAGUAAGAGCCCCGUUAAACCACCUGCAGUCCUCACGGCAGUCCCAGUACAGGCCGCCACACCUGCUGCUGGCCGGCCCGCCGCAGUAGCCCCGCCCUCUUUGAACCCGGCCCCAGCGGUGAAGGACAGAGACAAGGAAAAAGAGAAGAAGGUGAAGAAGAGGGAAAAGAAGGCGGUGAAGGUCCAGACCCGAUCCGGUCGGGUCUCCAGGCCACCAAAGUACAAAGCCAAAGACUACAAGUUCAUAAAGACGGAGGACCUGGCCGACAGCCACCAGUCCGACUCCGACGACUACUCAGACAUGAGCGUGGAGGAGGAGGAGGGCGGGAGGAAGGACGGCCCCGCCCCCGGCACAUCCCUCACCUACAGCCACAAGUCCCGGUCCCACCGCUGCCAGACCUGCGACAAGGCCUACAUCGGUCCCGGAGGCUUGAACCGGCACUACAAACUAAACCCGACCCAUGGCGAGCCUGAUCCGCCCGGCAACACGCCUGGCAACACACCACGCCCCCUCAGAGAAGACAGCCAUUCACAGGAGACGACGGCAGGUGUCGCCAGAGAAGAAGAGGAAGAGGAGGAGGAGAAGAAGAAGGAGGACAAACCCGCUGCCCCAGCAACAAACAGGGUGGAGGGGGGGCCAGCGGCAGCUGUGGGACUCCGAGGCCUCCAUCACCGGGGCCCCGGCCGGCCCCGAGGACGAGGGAGAGGCAGGGGACGGGGCCGCGGCCGGGGCCGAUCACUAGGGCCGCCUCCUAAGUUCUCUCAGGUGACAGUCGGCCUCGUCAGCAGACGGGGGCGUCGUGGUCGACCGCCAAAGCUCGCCAUCGCCACAGUGACUGCCGAGCAGCAGGCGGAGAGGAGACGAGACCGACUGCAGGAGCUGGUGGAGCAGUGUGAGGAUGAGGAGCUGAUGGACAUCGUUCUUCCUCGUUUGACCAAAGUGUUGAGUCUGUGGGAGCUGCUGCUGGCAAAGGUGGAGCGCGGCGGUCCAGCUCGGACUCGGUUUCCAGACAUCUACCGUGAGUUUGAGUCCCUGCAGGCUCAGGUGAGACAGGCUGCUCAGGACUACAUCAUCAGCCCUCAGGGCGGGGCCAUGCCGCUGGAGGUCAGGAACAUCGAGGUGGCCCGGUCUCUGGGGAUCCUGGAUGAGGUGAACAGGAUGAAGGUGGUUCCUGGAGCGUCUCCCAGCUCCAGUCUGGCCAAUAAGAACGUCCGAUACAUGGAGAAUUCAAAGAUGCUGCCGCCUUCAAAGAGAUUCAAGAUGGAGAACAGCGUUUCUGUUCACCAGAACGGCAUCGAGACGCCCAGAACAGGUGGAGCCGCAGGGACCCCUCCGCCCCCUGUGACCCCUGUGACCUCCUCUCUGAAGCCCUGCUCGGUCUCUGUGUCCCCCCUGGUGAUCCCAGGUGCAUCCAAACUGCUGACCACCACCGCAGACUCCGCCUCCAGCUCCUCUGGCUCCAGCUCUGCUAAGAUGCCCUCCACCCAAGCUCCUCCGCCUGUCACCCCCAUGGAAGUGACCCCAGCUGAGGACCAGGACCAGGGGCCUCUGCAGACCACCACCCAGGUGGAGACUCUGCCAGCAAGCCAGGACCAGGUCCUGAGCACCAGUGACAUCACAGCCCAGAUGAAGGAGCUGGAGAAAGCUUUGGGUUCAAGUCCCGAGACCACCACAGACUCAAAGACUCCCGAGUCCAGCUCAGUCCAGACUCCCGAGUCCAGCUCAGUCCAGACUCCCGAGUCCAGCUCAGUCCAGACACCCGAGUCCAGCUCAGUCCAGACUCUGGCUCCCUCUGAGCUUCAGCAGAAGGACUCCUGUCAGGCCGAGUCCGGCUCCACAGACCCCUGUGAGCCCAAAGAGCUGCAGGAGGGUCAGGAGAUCUACAUACAGACUGAGGGGCUGACGGUCCAGCUGGCAGAACCAGGAUUAGACGGGAUCGUGAUAGUCAACGGGCCCGACGGAACCACCAUGCACAUCCAGACCCCUGAGGGGGUCCCUCUGGAGGCAGUCCAGGCCCUGCUGGGUAUUGAGGCUUCAGAUGGAGCCAAAACUCCUCAGUGAACCCUGAACAGAAUUGGAAGACCACAACCUGACCUGAACCACAUCACACUAACACGCACCUGUCGGCCAGACAGUUUCCUGUAGCGCCCCCCUCAGGACAUCCUGUACACUAUAACCGAAGGGGGCCCGACGAGUCCUAAGACCGCUGUGGCUCAGAGGUCGGUUCCGCCCUGUUUCAGAUCAACACCUGAGGACAGACUUAACGUCCCGCCUGCAUCUCGUUCUGUCUUCAUCAGACCGUUUAAAAACCAGUUUGAAGUGUUUCUCCGUUCAGAAAGCAGAGAGGCUGCCGGGCCACGUCGUCAUCGAUCGACUCAUUUUCUUAUUUUAUUUUGUGAAGCUGAGCUGCUGUCCUGAGAGCAACGUGACCUGAAGAUCAGGACUCGGCAAGUCCUGCCCUCUGGGUCAUAGACUCAACGGUAGUAUAAGGAGAAGACUGAAGUUUGUGAGUACGUAGUGUCCUCUCUGGGCUCCCGUACUCUCAUUUAUCAUCUCAGCUCGUGGUCUGAUUGGUCGGCUCAGCUCUCACCGGUGAUGGCGGCGGCGGCUCUUCGGCUGGUUUUUAAGGAAUCUGGAAAGAUUGUAAAUUUGUAAACUUGUUUCUUUUUCAGUGUUUCCAUGUUUGGAGCGCUUCAUCUAGAGACGUCUUGAUUAGUUGUUUAUAUGUAGAUAAAUAUGAAAAACAAAGUUUAAAAAAAGUUGCACUAUUUUAUUACUUUUUAUAAAACUUCACGGCGAAACAUUUUCCAGACGUAAAGUUUGUAACGAUGUGAGGACGGACUGCGGAGCGCUGGGAGGAGAUCCACCUUUACUGGUUUGUCAUGUUGAUUACACACAUUUCAUGUUCCUCCAAUAAACUGAUCAGCUCUGA